CUGCUGCUGCAAGCCGCGCCAUGCACCACCUGAUCGUUUUCCUCGCCAUCCUGGCUGUGGCUGCCGCCGCCCCUGCAGUGUUAGGUGCGGCCCCCGUGGCCUACGCCGCCGCCCCCGGCUUGGCAAGUGAUAUCACCGAAAUUCGACUUGCCGCCCCCACGAACUACGCACCCCCCGGCGUGGCCUACGCCGCCCCCGGCUUGGCAAGUGCUGGCGCCUACAUGCGACCUGCCGCCCCCUUGGCCUACGCACCCCCCGGCGUGGCCUACGCCGCCCCCGGCUUGGCAAGUGAUAUCACCGAAAUUCGACUUGCCGCCCCCACGAACUACGCACCCCCCGGCGAUGCCUAUGCCGCCCCCGGCUUGGCAAGUGCUGGCGCCUACAUGCGACCUGCCGCCCCCUUGGCCUACGCACCCCCCGGCGAGGCCUACGCCGCCCCCGGCUUGGCAAGUGCUGGCGCCUACAUGCGACCUGCCGCCCCCUUGGCCUACGCACCCCCCGGCGAGGCCUACGCCGCCCCCGGCUUGGCAAGUGCUGGCGCCUACAUGCGACCUGCCGCCCCCUUGGCCUACGCACCCCCCGGCGAGGCCUACGCCGCCCCCGGCUUGGCAAGUGCUGGCGCCUACAUGCGACCUGCCGCCCCCUUGGCCUACGCACCCCCCGGCGUGGCCUACGCCGCCCCCGGCUUGGCAAGUGAUAUCACCGAAAUUCGACUUGCCGCCCCCACGAACUACGCACCCCCCGGCGAUGCCUAUGCCGCCCCCGGCUUGGCAAGUGCUGGCGCCUACAUGCGACCUGCCGCCCCCUUGGCCUACGCACCCCCCGGCGAGGCCUACGCCGCCCCCGGCUUGGCAAGUGCUGGCGCCUACAUGCGACCUGCCGCCCCCUUGGCCUACGCACCCCCCGGCGAGGCCUACGCCGCCCCCGGCUUGGCAAGUGCUGGCGCCUACAUGCGACCUGCCGCCCCCUUGGCCUACGCACCCCCCGGCGAGGAACGUGCCGCUCAAAUAGGAAUGGCCGCCUUAUAUUAGCAUAGGCCGCCCCCGGUGCCGCCCACGUCUUGGUGGCCACAGCUUACGCCUUACCGCCGUCGGCAGAACACACCUCAUUUAAGUAAAUGAAGUGUUACCAAUAAUGUUUCACCAAAAAAAAUAAAGCAUUUAAAAUCAAA